AUGAUCUCUUCAGACCAACAGGGGAAAUGCCCCGUAGAUGAGGAAACCAAAAAGCUAUGGCUAAGAGAACAUGGCAACGAAGCGCAUCCUGGAGCCACUACCUCAAGCAAUCAGCUGGAGUGCUCUGCAAACCCACAAGAGAAUGACAACAACCCCCAAUAUGAAACCGACGUGAAUUUAUCUCAGUCCAGAGAGGUUUCGACCAUACCAAGGACCAAUUCUGAUAGAAACUGGAUAUACCCAUCGGAGAAGCAAUUUUACGAGGCAAUGAUGAAAAAAAAUUGGGAUCCAAACUCCGAUGAUAUGAAGGUGGUUGUGCCUUUACACAACUCCAUCAACGAGCGGGUUUGGAACUACAUUAAGGGCUGGGAGGACAAGCAGGGCGGUGAAGCGUGUGGCGGUAUCAAACUGACAAAUUUCAAAGGUGAUUCUAAAAAACUAACACCAAGAGCCUGGUUUAGGUCCCGUAUCUUGCACCUGGCCAAACCUUUUGAUAGACAUGACUGGCAAAUAGACAGAUGCGGUAAAACCGUCGACUACGUAAUCGAUUUUUAUUCCACUGAUCUAAACGAUACAAAACAGCAGCAACAGCCACUUAUUUAUCUCGACGUUAGACCAAAAUUGAACAGUUUUGAGGGUUUUAGGUUGAGGUUCUGGAGAUCUUUAGGCUUUUGA